AUGGCGGAAGGUAACGAGGCCGCGCCCAUCGCGGAAGGUUCCAAGGCCGCGCUGACGCCUGAGCAAGCCGAAGAGCUGGUGAAGUAUGACCUCUCCCUGAGGAUGGUGCCCUUCUUGGACAGACACCUGAUCUUUCCAAUCUUCAACUUUCUUCAGGAGACAGCUCUCUACAACCAAGUGGCCCUCCAGAAGGCUCAGCUCACGCUUCUGGCAGAGACGAACAUGAUCGAUUGGGCGUUGGAGACCUACACUCUCAUCGGCGAGCAGCAGCCCGAGGAGCUUCAGAAGAGGCGAGACGUGGUGCUUCAGCAGCUUGAGGACUCCAGAGAGAAGGUUCUUCCCCUACUGCAGAUUUUGGAGGAAGAGGAGAAGGUGCAGCGCGUCGCUGCGUGCAAGAGCAUUGACGAGCUGUGCCAAACCUUCGACCUGGAUUCCACAGUGAUUGAUGGACUGGUCCACUACGCCAAGUUGCAGUACGACUGCGGGAACUACACCCUCAGCGGGGAGCUCCUAAAGCACUACAGGAGCAUGAUCUCCCAGGACACUGAGCGGCCGGUGAUGACCUCGAAGCAGGUCAGCUGCACUUGGGGCUCCUUGGCCUCCUUCAUUCUGAACAGGGAGUUUGAGGAGGCCACAGAUGGAGCUGAGCGCGCAGCGGAUGUGAUCUUUAAGAUCAACGACUUCCUGGACACUACGAAGAUGUCCAAGAAGGAGGUCCUGUUGCAGCGAACAUGGCUGCUGCAUUGGUCACUCUUCCCAAUCUUCACUGCAGAGAAGGUGGAGGUGAAGCUGCUGGACUUCUUCCUCAAUGAGAAGAGCCUGUCGUGCAUUUCUCUUUCAUGCCCUCACCUCUUCCGGUACGUAGCCUCCUGCCUGAUCCUGCAGAAGCGCCUGAAGCACUUGAUGAAGGACACUGUGUGGAUCAUCCAGCACGAAUCCACUGCCUACAGCGACCCGGUGACUAGAUUCCUCAUGGCGCUUUAUGUGGACAUGGACUUUGACGAAGCACAGCAUGAGCUUCAACAGUGCGAGAAGGUCUGCAAGGUGGAUUACUUCCUGGACCGCCAUUGGACCGAGUUCCAAGAGAAUGCGCGACUCUUGAUCUUCGAGACGUACUGCAGGAUUCACCAGUGCAUCAACAUCGGCAUGAUUGCUUCCAAGCUCAACAUGGGAGCAGAGGAAGCCGAAGUUUGGAUUGUGAAGCUGAUCCAGAAUGCCAAGCUUGAUGCCCGCAUCGACUCUGAGAAGAGCCGGGUGGUCAUGUCGAAAGCACCGCCGAGUGUCUACCAGCAGGAUGUGCUAGCGCUGCGGCGACCGUGUGUCGCGAAGGCCAUGGUGCAUUUUGCAAUGCAAAAAGCGCGGCUGGCAUCAGGCAAGACGAUGUGGAUUCUGUUCAUGGCCAUGAACGGAGACCCCGGAGACAUGCAGCCGCUCUUCGACUUCCACCCCGCCACUUUGGUCUUUGCUGCAGCCUACAUGGUGUUCACCAGCUUCGCGAUUCUUUCCGUGCUCACUGGUGUGGUGGCCGACAAGAUGGCAACGGCUGCUGAAGAGCAUGCGCAGGAAACCCAGGCGCUCGAGGAGAAGGCAAAGGAUGCUCACGUGAAGAAGUUCCUGUCGAAGACCUUCAACAGUUGCACUGACAACGGCAAUGGAAUGACCUGGAAGCAGUACCAGGCGAUGCUGGCGCAAGAGAGCCUGUUGGAGGAUAUUUGUGAAGAAGUGGGCAUGGACAAGAACGAGCUGGACGACGCUUGGGAUGCCUUCCCCAAGGAGAUAAAGAAGACGGUGCAUGGUCAUCCACUGGAAGUGGUGACGGAGGAUGACUUUGUGGAGGGCCUGAUGAGCGCUCAUGCAACUGUGCAGAACCUGUCCAUGACACGAGUCUUCGAGAAGCUCAGGCAGAUUGAGAAGCGUUUGGACAAGUGA